GAGUCAAGUGGGAAGGAACAGAUUUAAAGUGAAAGAGAGAGAGAGAACAGAACCAGCGUCAUGGAGGGUUACUAACAACACACCUGCCCCCCCACCCCCCAGGCAGAGAAAAAAAAAAGGAAAAGAAAAGAAAAGACAGAGAGUGGGAAGGUGAGAGUGAGCACGUACAGUAAUUACUCGGGUCCGACAGACGAAUAACCCGUGUGAGUCAGUGUGUGAGUGUGUGUCAGACUGAUGCGUUCAGCGAACUGACGGAUUGGACGGAUAUUCCCAGUACGGCAGGACCUGCAAACUGAGCAAUGGAGCCCUUCCACACUGUCCUGACAACAUGGGAUUUUUCUGUCUCAGAUUUCCACGGAGUUUGAGCCGGUUGUCAUGGCAAUGACAGCUCUGUUCAAAAUGAAGUGGGGUUCAAAGGAGGCCCCCACGAAACAACCUCCGGUGGCCCCUCAGCCCGGUCGCCACGACGAUGACGAAGACGACGAAGAUCGCUUGACUGGAAAUCUUCCCAUCCGGCGGAAUUCCCGUUUUUACCGUUCCAUGAGGAAGAAGAAAUUAGCGUCGACUUCGUCGGAAUCGCCAACAAGUCCCGCCCCUUCCCCCAAACAAACCAAUAACUCCACUCCAUCCAGUAGAAAUGGAAACUCAUUGACUGUCCCUGUGUUGACCAGAUCACCGCGAAAUGCCAGAGCGCGUGGUCCACCCUCUCCUCUUCGUGCUGCAAAUGCAUUGCCAAGCAACGGGAGUCCAGCGCAAGGCGGAGCUUCAUCCCCGCGCACUUCAGCAGCGGACCGUCGACUCAGUGGAGAGAUGGAGGACCUAAGCGAACGCACGGCCACCAGCUGCACCUUACGAGACGCUGACCCUGAAAACGUCAAGCUGCAGACGGUGAAGAACGGUGAAAGUUCACAGAGGAUUGGCACUUUAAAGAUUGUGAAGGAUGUUGCGUUCCUGUAUCAGGAGUACCGGGACACUUCCGAACAGCAGGAGAUCGAGGAGCGGCGGCAGAGGGACGGCAUCCCGGCGGGUUCGGCGGUGGCGAGCGCGGCGGGAGGAUCCGGGGCGGUGGCGUUGCCCGCGUUGCAGCUGCAGCUGCGUAACACCACCCGUUCCCUCAGCCUGUGGCAGAACCUGCAGGCGGUCCAGGAGAGUGGCCUACUCAACAUCCUCCCACAGAAAGAGAUCAUUAUGCAAGAGGCCAUGUUUGAGUUAGUCACUUCAGAAGCCUCCUAUUACAAGAGUCUAGAGCUGCUAGAAACUCACUUCCUGAAGAAUCCUUUAAUAGUCAACACUCUCAGCCAAUCAGACAUGCACUUCCUCUUCUCUAACAUCGAGGAGGUGAUGAAGGCAAGCGAGAGGUUCCUGAUGGACUUGGAACAUCGGAUUGAGGAAUCCAUACUGAUCAAAGACGUGUGUGACAUUGUCUACGAACACGCGAUCAAAUAUUUCCAUGUGUUCAUCAGCUACGUCAUUAACCAGGUGUACCAGGAAAAGAACUAUCGUAGGAUACUACAGGAGAACGCUCAGUUUCGGGAGAAGAUGGCAGUAUUGGAGAAUCAGCCCCGUGUUCGAGGACUCUCUUUCACCUCUUUCCUCAUCCUCCCUUUCCAGAGAAUCACCCGUCUGAAGCUGCUUGUGCAAAACAUUCUAAAGAAGGUAGAGGAGAACUCUGAGAGAGAAGCUAAUGCCAUAAAGGCUCAUCAGCAGCUGGAAAAGAUAGUGACAGAGUGCAAUGAAGGUGUGAGGAAGAUGAGCCGUACAGAGGAGCUAAUCAGUAUUGAGAAAACACUUGAAUUCAAAUCCAAGUCGGUGGCGAUAAUCUCUCACUCGCGCUGGCUCCUGAAGAAGGGUGAGGUACAGCAGAUGUCCGGACCCAAGAGCACUAGAACCAUGCGUAGCCGCAAGCUCUACCAACCCAUCUACCUUUUUCUCUUCAACAACCUACUGCUUAUCACCAAACGCAGCGGGGAGAAGUUUCAGGUGCAAGACUCUUGCAGUCGCUCCAUGUUACGGACUGAAGACACCGAGGACCAGGGUCAGAUGCUGGCCUCUGUCUUCAUCCUCCAUCUCUUGGAGAACCAGGAGGAAAGACCAGUAACCUACAUGCUCAAAACCGCCAGCAUGAGUGAUAAGUUACGCUGGAUGUCAGCUCUCACACCCAACCGCCGGACAAGAUUCCUUUCCGCGAGUACUCACCAACAAGACUCUCCGCAGGUGCAGUGUAUCCAGUCAUACUCAUCUCAGGAGCCUGAUGAGUUAUCUAUAGAGAUGGCAGAAGUCCUAAAUGUGCUGGAAAAAACUGACGAUGGCUGGAUGAUGGGGGAGAGGUUACACGAUGGUGAGAGGGGCUGGUUUCCUUGUCGUGUAGUGGAAGAGAUUUUGAGCGCAGAAGUGAGGGAGCAAAAUCGCCGGGAGUGCCAGCGUAUCCAGCAGGCCCAGGGCGGCACCAGAGGCGCCUCCAGGGGGCGCCGCGUUCACAGAACCGACAAGUUUACCCCCACAUGGUCUGACCCGUUAGAGUCGUGAAUGAUGUCUCGCCCGGUCCCGCCCAUUCAGCCUGGCAAGCCGUUUUUGUUUUUUGACCAACCGGACGGUCACUACGAUCCAAACGUGCAAUACUAUUGGAUGAAACCAUUGAUGUUGUUUUUCCAUGAAUCUGUCUCAGGUACUUAUGAAUGGAUGUCGGUGGGGUCGCAAAAGGGGUGGGGUCACAAAAGGGGUGGGGUCACGUGAGGUCUUUUGUAUUUCCAGCACUUGUGCUCCAGUCAAUCUUUUACAUUCCAUUUUUUUCAUUGACUUUAUUAGCAUGAAGAAAUUCACCAGUUUAGUCCUCAUACUGGAAACCACUCUGCUUGUGGGGUAAAACUCCAGAGAUGUAAAGGAAGACAACAAGGUGAAAAAGUAAAAGAAAGAAAAGGAGUAGUGGAGAAGAGAGAUGGGAUGUUUUAAAGAUGUCAGCAUUUCCACUGAGAUUUUCAGAAGAAGUGUUUGUCAGCCACACCUCAGUGAUUCUGAAGAGUUAUUUUUUUGAAGUUCAAAUCGCAUUAAUUAGGAGGAUACACCUCAUCAUACAGGCUAGCCCCCCCUCCUGUUACUCUGAGGAACAACAGACACAAACAAACAAACAAAUGAACAAAAACAACAAAGAAAUGAAAACAGACAAAUCUGAUGAAAUCACUGGAUUGGAAAUUGAACUUGAAUGUUGCCGAGUGUUGUUUUUAUUGAAUGUGGAGACUGAAUCAAGUGAAAAGAGACGUGAAGGAGAGGAGCACUGAGACAUUGCACAUUUUGCACAUGCAGCUGUCUUGUGUUUAAGAGCACACACACACACACACACACACACACACAGACGAACACACGCCCACAAAC